AUGAGACCAGCACAGCCUCACCAUGAGACACCAGCACAGGAUCACCAUGAGACACCAGCACAGCCUCACCAUGAGACACCAGCACAGCCUCACCAUGAGACACCAGCACAGCCUCACCAUGAGACACCAGCAGAGCCCCAUGAGACCCACGUCACCAUGAGACACCAGCACAGCCUCACCAUGAGACACCAGCACAGCCUCACCAUGAGACACCAGCACAGCCUCACCAUGAGACACCAGCACAGCCUCACCAUGAGACACCAGCACAGCCUCACCAUGAGACACCAGCACAGCCUCACCAUGAGACACAGCACAGCACAGCCUCACCAUGAGACACCAGCACAGCCUCACCAUGAGACACCAGCACAGCACAGCCUCACCAUGAGACACCAGCACAGCCCACCAUGA